AGAUGAAUACAUAAAGCUCCCUUCCACACAUCAGGAAAUUGUAGAAAAUGAAGCACAAUUUUUUAAAAUAGCUAAAUUUAUCCAUGUGAUGGGAUGUAUAGAUUGUACACAUAUAAAGAUCCAAUCAUGUGGAGGAGAAGAUGGUGAAGUAUAUCGCAACAGAAAGGGAUACUUUUCUAUAAACACACAAGUAGUCAUAAAUGCAAAGCUUGAAAUUAUAGAUAUAGUUGCUCGUUGGCCAGGAUCUGCACACGACUCAACUAUUUUUGACCAUUCAAGAAUUAAAAUUUUACUUGAAAUGGGCAGAUUCGGCGACAGUGUACUCCUCGGAGAUUCUGGAUAUCCAACUUUGCCAUAUUUAAUGACUCCUUUAUUAAAUUCCACAACAGCAGCAGAGCAUCUAUAUAAUGAAUCUCAGAUUCGAACUCGUUCAACAGUUGAACGAUGUUUCGGGAUGUGGAAACGAAAAUUUCCUGUAUUAGCGAUUGGAAUGCGUUUUAACAGGAUUGAAAAGGCACUUGUUGUUAUUGUAGCAACAACUGUUCUACACAACGCUUCCAUACGAGAAAGAUUUGAAAAUCCAAAUGUUGAUGCAUAUAAUGCUAUCCAACAAUUGCACAAUGCUAUAAAUAUUCAUGAUCAGCGGCAAAAUUUAUUUCUGGACUAUUUUCAUAGAUUAAUUUAAACCGUAUUAUAAGAUACUUAAGUCUCAAGGCAGCACUGGAUCAAUACAUGUGAAAUAUGAUAGCAAGUAUAGUGCUCUCUCAGAGUUAAUAACAGAACGCAAUAAUAAGAGUAUUUUCCACUAUCUUAGAAUAAGUAAUAACUAAAACUAAAUAAUAAAAUAAUAUGUAUGGCGUUUCCAU